UUUCUAAGACGAGCACAACAAGCCAGUCAGCUGGAAGACGACUUUGAUAUUUCUUACAAUGCUGAAUCAACGACCGAAUCAAAUCUAUCAGUUUUAAUUUUAAAAUUAAGUUCUACUCAUGAAUUUCGUAGAAAAAGAGAUACGAUUGGCGUUUCGAGUUUUCCGACGACCGAUUUAGCUGUUAUCUCAUCUUCCUUACCGCCAGACGUGGUGAAACAAUAUAGUGCAAUGAAACUUCAGAUUCCGGAAUGCGAAGACUCAACUAAUGAUUGUGCAUAUGGUGGCAAAUGUGUAGCUGCUCCAGAUGGGUAUAAGUCCUGCCUUUGUCCUGCUAGUUGCCCAGUUUCAAUACCUGUAUCCUGUCGAGCCGAAAAGCAAGAUGAUUAUUGCAUGUCAAUGAGUGAUGAUUAUAGAGAAAAAUAUAGUUUACCGGACCCAGCAUUAAUAAAAAAUUUACAGGGUAUAUGUGUGUGUCCGCCGAUGUUUGACCCAUGGAAGAUGGAAGGAUCUGUGAAUCUUUUGCCUUUCAAAUGCGAUCGAAGAGAAUUGAAAGUGCAAGGGGUGGCAAUUCCUUCUGAUUCUGUAUAUCAAGGAACAGAUGCGAUUCUUUUUUGUUGCAUAAAUAUGGAUCCUAGAACCUUUGUUAAUGAUGAUGGUGUUGAUUUCAUUCAAAAUUCGUCAAUAAUUCGUGAACCAACAAAUACUCCUUAUGAUGAACUCUUUACCGAUGGUUUCGAGCCUCCUCGAUGUUGGUCUUUAGAUAUAAAAAAUGCUCAAUUCUCAGAUAGUGGAUCUUAUUUAUGUCAUGUGAAAACAAUUGGACGUCAUGAGAUCCCUGCAAAUUUUACGAUUGAAUUUGUUGUAAAAGAACAUCGGGCCUUUCGUCCCAUGGUUAGACGAUUAAUGCGUCGGAGGACAACUGCAAUUUCAAGUUCAAUAACCCAUUCUCCUUUCUUUUCGAAAAUCUAUAGAAAUAGUACUUCACCAACUACCACGUCAACGAAAUUUCGCCCUAGAAGCGAAAAAAAAAAUUCAACAAUCGAUGCAGUCGAAGAAGAAACUCCUCGUAUGAUUCAGAAUAUUACCGUGAAAGCAAACGCAACUCAUGCAGAAAUACACUGGGAUACACAGGAAGGACCGAUGCUGAAAAUUAAUUUCAAGUUACUUAGAAGGACAGAUGGUGUUGAAGUUUGGGCUCAGAAAAAUGCGAAACCAGGUGUGGUUAUCAGUAAUUUGCUUCCAGCUACACCAUAUACUUUAUUCAUUUCUGUAUUUGAUGGUCAGAAUGAUCCAUUCAAAAUCACUGAGCAAUUUACAACAGCUGAAAGUGCGCCUGAACCACCAACACUUGGCGAAAUUAGAAUUUUGAAUUUACGUGAUGGGCUGAAAUGUGAAGUUGAAUGGACUCCGCCAAAAACUCCUAAUGGCAGGAUUAUUAAAUAUUAUGUUACGGUUCGUGGUAUAGUGCGAUACGCUCCCCAUGGUAUUCUGUCUGGGGAUGAUUUUCCUCUAGCUGAAAGAGAUAGGUGCGCUAACUUCAAUGGAGAUGAAAAGAGCUUUACAACAGCUGAUGCAAUUGCCGAUUUUUAUUCGUGCCGUUUCGGACCACUUAAGCCCAAUCGAAAUUAUACAGCAACAGUAUGGGCUGUUAAUGGAGCUGGCAAAAGUCGUCCUAUUUCAUUUUCGGAUAGUUGCGUAACAAACUUUGCGCAGCCAGAUUCGGUAGAUGCACCACUUUCAUCAACACAGAAUGGAAGUUCGUUUGCCUUAUCGUUUGGAAGUGAACCAGAUCAGACAAAUGGACCCGUUUCGUGUUACUACAUUGCUAUUGUUCCACUUCAUACUGAUGUUGCAAUCGAAGAAAUUCCUGCUCCUGAUUCUCUUGUUGUUGAUACUUUUUUGAAAACACUGGAAAACAAUCUUUUGCAGGAUGAUCCUUCUAAAAGCACUAAAAAAUUUAAAAAUCGACGGUACUUUGCAUAUAUUGCUGAAAGCUAUGCAAAUUUCCCUCGCCACACUAUGAUUGGAGAUGGUAACACAACAGCUGAUGUUGAUCCUUGCAAUGUGUUUUAUCUUAGUCGGCAUCGUCCUGAAGAUCCAGCAUUGAGACCAGGAUUGAAGUACACUGGCUUUAUGAUUGUUCGUGUAGAUCGCGAUGAUUCUUCUCGAGAUGAAAUUCUUCGUCACCCUGAUAACUUCCAUAAAAGGAGGUUAAAGCGUUAUUGGUUUAGCUAUCGUGAAGAAUCAGAAUUAACAGGUCGUGCUCGUUCAUCGCGGCAGCUAAUUAUUAGAAAUUUUGCUCAAUCGUGGAUGACUAUUGCUUUCACAACAUUUUCUCUAUUCAUUUUCAUUCUUAUUGUUUGUUCUGUCGUUACGUAUUUUUUACAUAAACGAGGAUUGAUAAAGCAGUUAUGCCCUAUUAAUAAAGAUCGAACUCUAUUAAGGCCGCAAUUUCACGCCACUCCUAUUGAAGAUCUUCCUGCUGAAUUCAUUAUUAGACAUAGAGAUAGCAAUUUUUUAUUCAUAUCAGAAUUCGAGGCAUUACCUCAUUACCAUCGAUCUUAUGAAUCAAGUGCAUCGGAACGACGCGAAAACUCUCAUAAAAAUCGGUAUAAUGAUAUUAAAGCAUUUGAUUCUACACGAGUGAAGUUAAGUGUUGUCAAUGCUGAUCCAUCCACAGAUUACAUUAACGCUAAUUUUAUAAAGGGAUAUAAAGGCCAAAAGACUUUUAUUGCAACACAAGGGCCUGUGGAUGCGAGCAUUGAUGAUUUUUGGCGGAUGGUAUGGGAGCAUAACGUUCAGCUAAUUGUAAUGGUCGCAAAUUUGUAUGAACGCAGCCGAUGUCAGUGUUCGAAAUAUUGGCCUGAUGAUGUCUCGAAAAUUUAUGACAAAAUCGAGGUUCGACCGAUUGAUUCAACUUUUUAUUCUGAUUAUGCUAUUCGCACAUUUGAAAUCCAAAAAAUUGCUGGUAGUACCAUAGGGAAUGGAAUUACGACAGGUCAACCGGCAGUAAUUUCUUAUGAAGCGAGCAGUGAUGAUAACGGACAUUCUGGCGAACCAGUUGCGGUCAUUAUUAAUAAGUCUCGCGCUAUUUCGACGAAAGGUUCGGUCGAAUCAAUCCUUAAUUCUGAUUAUGCCAACAUUCCUAGCGAUUCGAACAGAAAUUCUCGCAGCAGUAACAAUUUGCGACUUGGCACAGGCGAAACAGAGUUUGUUACUCGUUCACUAGGUAUAGAUUGUCGGAAGGUUGUUCAAUAUCACUAUACAUCUUGGAACGAUCUUCAAGCUCCUGAGUGUACUACAGGUCUUCUAAGGUUCUUAAAGAAAUUACGCAAUUUGAAAGAAUUCAACAGUAGUCCAGUAGUUGUGCACUGCAGUGCUGGAGUUGGACGCACGGGUACUUUUAUAGCACUAGAUAGUCUUUUGGAUCAGUGUAUAGAAGAAGGUAAAGCGGAUGUGUUUGGUUUUGUUUCAGAAAUGAGAAAGCAACGAAAUAUCAUGGUACAAAAUUAUGAACAAUAUGUUUUCAUUUAUAAAGCAUUGGCUGAGUGGUAUAUGUUUGGUGAAACAGAUGUAAGUAUUGAUAAAUUUCCUGAGUACUAUCGUUCAUUAAAAGAAAUCCAACGUGAUAAACAAUCUUUUAACGCAAGUGCUAAUAUCGCUUCAUUGGCAUCGGUUGUACUGAAAUCUACAACACCUCGACUGAAUCGAACUAGUAGUCAGGCUUCUUCUUCUGAUAAAACUGUUACCGCAAUGGAAGCUGAGUUUAAACGCUUAGAUCGAUCAUUGGAAUUAAAUCGAACAUGUAAUUUUGCUCAUAAACCUGAGAAUGCUAACAAAAAUAGAUUUGAAAAUGCAGUACCAUUUGAUCAAUGUCGAGUUAUACUUUCUAUUGUUAUAGGAAGCCAUACGGACACUACCUAUAUAAAUGCAUCCCUAGUUAAGGGAUAUUUUUAUCCAUACAUACUGGCACAAGACCCCAUUGAUGAACAAACUUGUUAUGAUUUUUGGAGAAUGAUUGGGGAUCAAAAUUCUAAAGUAGUUGUUAUGCUUUCGAGUGAAAGUGAAUUCUCUGUACAUGAGAAGUACUGGGCAAUUGAAAUAGGAAAAUCGAUCUCAUUUGGUCAUGAUGCCGAUGUCUCCAUUAAAUUAAUAAGUGAAGAGAUAUUUCCUACUUUUAUACUCAGGAAGUUUACUUACAAAUUUGUUAAGGAGAAAAAUUAUCGUGAAGUCGUUCAGUUUUCUUAUCUUUGUUGGGCAACAGGGAAUUUAGUUCCUAUUUCAACUGAUUCUUUAAUCGAUUUAAUAAGUAGAGUUUUGUCAUUGCAAAGUGAUCAUCAAGAAGCAGGACCAAUCAUACUUCAUUCCAGGGAUGGUUCUUCUGAAACGGGUCUUUUCUGUUGUGUUUCUCUUUUAUUAGAGAGAUUGAAGGCUGAAAGCCGUAUCGAUGUUUUUCAAACAGUUCGUAGUUUGCAGCAAAAUCGCCCUUUGCUUUUUAAGAAAUUUGAGCAGUACGCAUUUUGCUAUAAAGCUGUUAUGGAUUACUUGGAUUCAUUUAGUGAAAAUGCUCAAAUAUUAUAG